CCUCUCACCUCAGGUGGGGUUGGGCGAGGGAAAGGACCCCUCCAAAACACCUGCUCCCACCGUGUGUUGUCUGGUCUCGUCUUCCCCCCUCCUCGUCUGUCACCAUUACCUUUCUUCCAACAUUUCAACCUCAUUUUCCACACGCAUACGAUUGCUGAGGAACCCUCCCUUGAUUCUUUGAACCAAACCUCUACCAGAACAAUCCAUCAUACAACGAGACACAAUGGCCAUCACCAAGAUUCACGCUCGCUACGUCUACGACUCCCGUGGCAACCCCACCGUCGAGGUUGACGUUGUCACCGAGACCGGUCUUCACCGCGCCAUCGUCCCCUCCGGUGCCUCCACUGGCCAGCACGAGGCUUGCGAGCUCCGCGAUGGCGACAAGUCCAAGUGGGGCGGCAAGGGUGUCACCAAGGCUGUCGAGAACGUCAACUCCGUCAUUGCCCCUGCCCUGAUCAAGGAGAACCUUGAUGUCAAGGACCAGACCAAGAUCGACAAGUUUCUCAUCGACCUCGAUGGCACCUCCAACAAGACCAAGCUUGGAGCCAACGCCAUUCUGGGCGUCAGUUUGGCUGUUGCCAAGGCUGGUGCUGCCGAGAAGGGCGUUCCCCUGUACGCUCACGUUUCCGACCUGGCCGGAACCAAGAAGCCCUACGUCCUUCCCGUUCCCUUCAUGAACGUCCUCAACGGAGGUUCCCACGCUGGUGGCCGCCUCGCCUUCCAGGAGUUCAUGAUCGUUCCUUCUGCCGCUCCUUCUUUCACCGAGGCCCUCCGCCAGGGUGCUGAGGUCUACCAGGCUCUGAAGGGUCUGGCCAAGAAGAGGUACGGCCAGUCCGCCGGCAACGUCGGUGACGAGGGUGGUGUCGCCCCCGAUAUCCAGACUGCCGAGGAGGCCCUCGAGCUCAUCACCGACGCCAUUGAGCAGGCCGGCUACACGGGCAAGAUGAACAUCGCCAUGGACGUUGCCUCCAGCGAGUUCUACAAGGAGGACGUCAAGAAGUACGACCUCGACUUCAAGAACCCCGACAGUGACCCCGCCAAGUGGAUCACGUACGAGCAGCUCGCUCAGCAGUACGCGGACCUCAGCAAGAAGUACCCCAUUGUCUCCAUUGAGGACCCCUUCGCCGAGGACGACUGGGAGGCCUGGAGCUACUUCUACAAGACCCAGGACAUCCAGAUCGUUGCCGACGACUUGACCGUCACCAACCCCCUGCGGAUCAAGAAGGCCAUCGAGCUUAAGGCUGCCAACGCCCUGCUCCUCAAGGUCAACCAGAUCGGUACCCUGACCGAGUCCAUCCAGGCCGCCAAGGACUCCUACGCCGACGGCUGGGGCGUCAUGGUCUCUCACCGCUCCGGUGAGACGGAGGACGUCACCAUCUCGGACAUCGUUGUCGGUAUCCGGGCUGGCCAGAUCAAGACGGGUGCCCCGGCCCGUUCCGAGCGUCUUGCCAAGCUCAACCAGAUCCUCCGCAUCGAGGAGGAGCUCGGCGAGAACGCCAUUUACGCCGGUGCCAACUUCCGCAAGUCUGUCAACCUGUAAAGGAGGCCGGCUGCUAAGAAGACGAUUAUGCAAAUUCCUUAGUCCGAUGGUAUGACACCUGUGAUAACUGGGGUACAAAAAUUGAUGAGACACGCAAGGCGUAAAGGAAAGACGCAACGGAUGGAUGGACGGAGGCACCGAUGACGAAACUCGUAGCUUACCACAGCCAUCUUGAAAUGAAAAAGAAAGAAUUCAAUACC